ACUCGAGCCAGCCAGCCAGCCAGCCAGCCGCUUGGGCGCCAUCUCUCUAGAGCUUCGUACCCUCGAAGAGAGAUCCGGCGCGGCCCAAUAAACACCCGGCUCACUACAGACUCGCAGAUGGCCGGCCUCAGGAUGAAGUUCGUCGCCGUCGCCGCCAUGGCCGCCGCGCUCGUGGCGUCCGCCGCAGCCGCCGAGGCCCCCGCCCCGGCUCCCGCGUCCGACGCCGCGGCCGCCGUACCCCUCGCCGCGGCCUCCCUCGCCGCCGCCGCCUUCGGCUACCUCUUCUGCUAGAUCCGCGCUGGAUACGUGGUUCCUGCUCCAAAAUAUGAUUCGUCUGGUCUGGCGCGCGUGAGUCCAGCUCGUGUGUCGUGUGUGUCUCUGUGUGAGGUGUCGGCGGGCGUGUGUGUAUGUAUGGAGUCGGCCGCGGCGGCGGCGGCGGAGGAGGUGUGCGCGUGGUGGGUGGUACGUGCUUCGACGCGCCACUGUUUGUCGCGGCGAUCAUGUACUACCCUGCUGCGUUUUCUGGUUAUCAAUGAGAUGAUUUAUUUGAUUC